GCGAGAUGUAACUUCAUAGAAGCUCUGUUUAAUUAGAAUGAGAAUAUAAUUGGUGUUGUUUUGGAGUUGCAAAAUUGAAUUAAGUAAUGCUUUUGACAUCGGUAAUUCUAGUCAUCUAUUAGAUUUUCUCGUACAUUGGCCCUUUAUGACUGAAAUACUUUAAAUAAAACAGGUCGCGAACUGACCCCUGCAGCUGGCGAGUGUCAUUAGUCGCAACGUAAUGUUGUCGGAUGUUCUGUAAAGAUAUGGUUCCACAGAAUAUGAGAUAUUUCUCUGAAAUACUUGAGUUUAUGCGACUCGAGAGUUUACUCUCACACGAGACAAGGUGUCUCUGACAGCACUGUUUCCACAGUUAAUAAUCUGUAACUUAAACAUCCAAAGAUUGGUUCUUUCAUUGUUAAAUUAUUGUAUGUUGUGAAGUGAUUUUCAAGAUGGUAACUAAAAAGGAUAAAAGAAAAGCUGCCGCUUGUUAUUAUUACUUAACCGUUAAGUCCCGUCGUAGAAAUAGGAGGACUCAUAGAUAUUGGGUGAGAGAUUGGAUUAAAAGAAGGUCAAAUAAGACUAUAAUGGAAACAUUACUGGAAGAACGGGAAGAUCCGGAAUGUUACAAAAACUUUCUUCGAAUGUCCGCCGCUGAUUUUAAAUAUUUGUUGGAUAAAAUAAAAUUUGCAAUAGAAAAACAAAACACACAUAUGCGAAAUGCGAUUCCAGCAGCUGAAAGGUUAGCUAUUACUCUUCGUUUCUUAGCUACAGGAGACAGCUACCACUCGCUGAUGUAUUUAUUUCGCAUACCUGUGUGUACUAUUUCACGAAUUGUACCAGAAGUGUGCGCUGCAAUUUACAACGUGCUGAAAGAAGAAUAUCUACAAAUGCCUUGCACCGAGGAAGAAUGGCUGCAAAAGUCCCAACAGUUCGCAGAAAAGUAUAAUUUCCCACAUUGUAUCGGCGCACUGGAUGGCAAACACGUUCUUAUUAAAGCACCUAAGCAACGUGGAAGCUUGUACCACAAUUACAAAGGCACCCACAGUGUUGUACUUAUGGCACUGGCUGACGCAGAAUAUAAAUUUCAAUACAUUAAUGUCGGUUGUUUUGGACGAAUUUCUGAUGGGGGUGUUUUUAAUGCGUGCUCUCUAUCAAAUAAACUGGCUGAUAACAGUUUAGGUAUUCCAACACCUAGACCACUACCAGGUAGAACUAAACCAGUUCCCUUUGACCCUUUGUCAUAGUAGCAGACGACGCUUUUGCCAUGAAGUCUUACAUUAUGAAACCAUAUGCAUUUAGAAAUCUGCAUGGUGAACAAAGAAUAUUUAACUACCGACUAUCACGGGCACGCCGAAUAAUUGAGAAUGCUUUUGGUUUAGCUUCUGCUAGAUUUCGCAUUUUAAGAAGACCGAUUGAACUAGGAGUAGAAAAAUUUAUCCAUGUUGUUUCUGCAAUAUGUGUGCUACAUAAUUUCUUAAUGACACGGUCUAAACGACUUUACGCUCCUUAUGGUAGUUUUGAUGUGGAAAAUCACGAAACUGGCACUAUAGAACCAGGAGAAUGGAGACAAUCAACUCAAGGCCUGGUGGAUCUGCAUGUUAACCCACAUCUUCGGGGAAAUUUGGAAGCGAAAGAUGUACAACGGGAAUUUACAGAAUAUUUUCACCAGGAAGGAGAAGUUUCAUGGCAAUAUAAAUAUAUUUAGAAUAUUUAUUAUUAAACUUACCAAUGAAUCA